AUGUCUUUGGCCGAUAAACCUACGCACAUGACAAUCCCUCUCAUCGAUUUUAGGGCAUGGUCCAACACAGAAGAUGAGUCUGCCCGCCAACGGGUUGCACACGAGCUUGUGGAAGCCUGCCAGCGAGUCGGUUUUGUUUACAUCCUCAACCAUUCUCUGCCCGAAGAUGUUCUCGACCAGGCUUUUGACUGGAUAAAACGCUUGUUCGAGCUCCCGGAGAGCAUCAAAAUGCAAGCGCCUCACCCCGGAGGAUGGACCGUGCAUCGAGGGUAUUCCUGGCCUGGCUUGGAGAAGGUUUCUCAAGUCUUAAGCACAGGAGACGAUGAAGAAAGUCGGAAGAAGUUGAGAGAGGUGCCAGAUGUCAAGGAAAUCUACGAUAUUGGGAGUGACCAGAAUACUGCUCAGCCCAAUCAAUGGAUACCCGAAGAGGCAUUAGUGGGCUUUCGCAAUUUCAUGAAUCGCUUCUACUGGGAGUGUAAUGAAGUCGGUAUUGAGAUUCUCCGCGCUCUUGCGGUUGGCCUAAAUCUGGAUGACGAAGACCACUUAGCCACGAAGCAUUCAGGUCAUAAUAAUCAGUUACGACUCCUACACUACUUGCCUGUUCCAGCUGAGGAUUUAGAGAAGGAACAAGUCGCUCGAUGCCCAGCACACACCGACUGGAGCUCGAUUACAAUCCUUUUCCAGGAUGACUGCGGCGGACUAGAAGUGGAAGACAUCUCCCGGCCGGACAACUUUGUUCCCGCGGCUCCUGUCAAGAAUGCAAUUGUCAUGAACGUCGGGGAUCUCCUGCAAAGAUGGAGCAAUGACCGCCUCCGGUCAACUAAUCAUCGGGUUAGACUUCCACAACUGUCAGAUCGAUUUGAGGGAAGCAGUCGUAUGACGCGCGAGCGGUUUUCCAUUCCAUACUUCAUGGCUCCGGAUCCUGAUUCGGUCAUUGGGUGUAUACCGUCGUGCAUGAGCGAGCAAAACCCGGCCAAGUAUGAACCGAUCACCCAAGCCGGUUACAACCAGAUGCGAGCUUCAAUGAUGUAUUAG